AUGGAGUCGAAUGAUACUUAUGUAUAUAUGGAUGAAUCAAGCAGUCAUCCGUCAUUAAAAUGCAAGUUUUGCAUUAAACCACUUAUUGAUCCUGUUAAAACACCAACUGGAGAUCAGUUUUGUCGAAAAUGCAUUUCUCGUAUCAUACGUCGAGAAGCUUCCAAUGGAAGUGAUAAACUAAAUACAGGGGGCAAUUCGCCAUUAUCUAACACCCAAAAGUUAACUCCUGUUACUGAACCAAUUGUAUUAAGUAUGCUUGAUGCACUUCUCGUGCGAUGUACUGCAUGCGAAGAAAUCAAUAUUGCUCGUGGUAAAUUCAAUGAACAUAAACUUAAACAUUGCUUAAAAGCAUCUACUUUAUGUCAAGCUGCUGAUCUAAAAUGUCCAUGGAUGGGUACUCGUGAAAAUCUUGAAAUACAUUUACAAGAAUGUAAACUUGAGCCGUUGAGACCUAUAUUAGAAGAAAUAUUUCAUGAACAUGAUCAAGUAAAACUUCGAAUUAAGAAUUUAAGCGAGCAAGUUAAGCAAUUAACGGAUAACACAGACGGAGAAAUGAAUUUACUCUUACAAAACAUUACUGUAUCCUAA